AUGGCGAGCACGGCUGCCCCAGCAGCCUCCAACCCCACGCUGGCUCCGCCUUUGGAACAGCUCGGGCACUUGGCGCUGGGGCUGCGGUUGCUCCUGCCUGGCCUUCGGGUGGGCGAAGCCCAGGAGAACCUCGAGGAGUUUAAUCGGGAGAUGUUUUGGAAAAGACUCAAUGAAGCAGCUGUGAAUGUGUCCAGGGAAGCUACAACUCUGACCCUAAUCUUUUCUCGACUUCCGCUGCCGUCUCCACAGGAAACUCAGAGGUUCUGUGAGCAAGUCCAUUUUGCCAUAGAAACAGUGAUUGCAGUGUACUAUUUACUUCCCAAGGAUCAGGGAACCACCCUGCGGAAGCUAGUACGGGCCGCCAUACUAGACAUUGUGGAUAGCAUGGCUCAGCUUGUGGAAGUGCUUUGUAGUGCUCCUGCUCAGAGCCCUGAGAACAAGGACCUCAUUUCCUGUAACAGUGUCUUGACUGCCUGCCAGGAGGUGUCUCACAUACCACGAGAUAACAAAGCUGCUGCCCUUUUAAUGCUGACCAAGAGUGUGGAUUUUGUGAAGGAUGCACAUGAAGAAAUGGAGCAGGCUGUGGAAGAAUGUGACCCUUACUCUGGCCUCUUGAAUGACUCUGAGGACAGCCUUGGGAAUGAUCAUAAUGAUGCUGGGGAGGGUGCUUUGGGGUUUCCAAACAAUCAAGAUGCAUACUGGUCAGAGGAUGAUCAGGAGCUCAUAAUCCCAUGCCUCGCACUGGUGAAGGCAUCCAAAGCCAGCCUGAAGAAAAUCAGGAUCUUAGUGGCAGAGAAAGGGAAGAAGGACCAGGUGGCUCAGCUGGAUGACAUUGUGGACGUUUCUGAUGAGAUCAGCCCCAGUGUUGAUGAUUUGGCUCUGAGCAUAUAUCCACCAAUGUGUCACCUGACUGUGCGAAUGAAUUCUGCAAAACUUGUAUCUGUUUUAAAGAAGACACUUGAAAUUACAAAAGCAAGUCAUGUGGCCCCUCAGCCAGAAGAUAGUUGGAUCCCGUUACUGAUUAAUGCCGUUGAUCAUUGCAUGAACAGAAUCAAAGAACUCACACAGAGUGAACUUGAAUUAUGA